UGUGCUACUCGGGCCGCGGCGGCGCAGAGCGGAGCGGCGGGCCGGUGGGCGCAGGUGGGGCGUGGGGGAGGCCCGAGCGCGUCGGUGACACCGCGUGGGGCGGGGGAGGCGCAGCGGCCGCACCCCGCCCUGGGAAGAAGCCGCCAGGUGUGGCUUCGGCGCCGGGUGCCAGCGGGGAGGAGACUCGCGCCCCCAGCGACCAACACCACCUCCCCGCCGCGACCCGGCUCCUCUGCGCCUUCGCCUCCCUCCGAGCCACAGCUCCUCCUCGCGCUCCUGCCCCGGCCGGUCGUCGUCCCCGGGGCCCACCUCCGCGCCCGCCCGCCCGCCGCGCCCGGACGGCCCUGGUGGAGACAUUUGGCACCCACCCGCCCGGCCCCGUUCCCCGGUUUGGGACCUUCCUCUGAACCCUCCAACGUCUCCGCGCCGGCCUGCCCUCGCUUAUGCCGCGGCGCUGAGCGGCUCUCCGAGUGCCCGCCGACAUGAGCUGCAACGGAGGCUCCCACCAGCGGAUCAACACGCUGGGCCGCCUGACGCGCGCCGAAUCCGGCCCGGACCUGCGCUACGAGGUGACCUGGGGCGGCGGCGGCGGCGGCGGCGGCGGCGGCACCACCAGCAGGAUGUACUACUCCCGGCGCUGCACCGUCGCCGACCAGAACUCGGACGGCUACUGGUGGGUAGCGGGCGGGCGCGCGGCGGGCAGGGGCUCUCCGCCCUCCCAGCAGGGUUCCAGCCCCGGGGAAGCGGGGACCCGGCCUCCUCCGACCCGCGAGGAAACCCGCGACCCGAACAGGGAAAGUUGCCCGACGUCCCGCAAGCAUUUCCUGUUCGCGCUGGGGCAGGACCCAGGUGUCCGGACGCCCAGGGCGCGGCCCCACGUUUCUCCCUCCCCGCCGUCCGGGCGCGAGGCAGCCGGGGAGGGGUCUGGGCCGGGCGCGACGGCGGGCCGGGCCGCGGGGUCUCGGCUGCCUCCAGGAUUGCCUGCCGCGCGGCCGGGCCGGGUUGGCAUCCCCUUUGUCUGGGCCGGCAGGUGAGAGGUCAGGCAGGCGGGGCCGCGGCGGCCAAACCCAGCCUCUCUAGCUGUAGCCAAAAGUAAGACAGUGAAGGAGCGGGCGCCGGGCUCGGACUCGGCACCCCGUGGCCUCUAGUGGCUCAUCCCAAGUUCCUGGACCCGUCGAGACCACCCCCGCGGCGGCGCCGGGCUGCUCUGCCACCACGGGCUUUUGGGUGGAGGCUGUGCGUCGGCGGUGCAGGGUCCCGUCCUGAGAAGGCCCUGCCGCCGCCUCCCUGCUUCCCAAAGGGGCCUUCCCGGCAUGGGCGGCCGUCUGGCCCCCUGUCUAGUUCCGCGGGGACACGUCUGUCCCCCCUCGGUCCGCCGCGCCCUUUGUUU